AUGGCUUCUGCAGGUGCUUCUAAGUUUUCGAGAUUUAUGAACUCCGAGACGGGUCCUAAGACGAUCCACUUUUGGGCUCCUGUUAUGAAAUGGGCGCUUGUUUUUGCCGGCAUUAGUGACAUGAACCGUCCUGUUGAAACCAUCUCGGGCACCCAACAGAUUGCUCUUAUGGCCACCGGUCUUAUCUGGACUCGUUGGUGCAUGAUCAUCAAGCCUAAGAAUUUCCUUCUUGCUUCUGUUAACUUCUUCUUAGGAACCGUGGCUGCAUACCAAGUUGUGCGCUUGUACAAUUACCAGACAAGUCUGGGGUAUACUCCCAUUAAAGCAUUCAGCAAUAUUGCUUUCCCACAAAAGAAGGAAGAGGAGACUGAGAAGGGACCCGUCGCCACUGCCAUUGCUGCUGCCGAAGAGUCCAAGUAA